AUGGCUUCGCGAUCAUUCAUGCCUCUGCGCAAGUCACUGGGCCAGCUGCCUGCUCGCAGCGCCCGGGCAGCUGGUGGCAAUGCAGGUUCUUCGUUUCGUCACUAUGCUACUGAGCAGGCCCCUCGUCAGAAGCCGCAGUUCACAGUGUGGCGGCCAUACCUGCGGCUCGCAAUUGGUGUGCCGUUCAUAGGCGCGAUCAUCUACUCAAUGGCCACCGGCGAAGUCACUGACCUCGAUUCCCCCUCCAUUGUUGAACUAGAUGAAGCCUUGAAGAAAUCCUCCGACAUCAACGAGUCCUCGCCUAUGCGCCUGCGGAUGGAGAAGCUCAUCAAGGAGCACCAGCAAAAAAUCAUCGAAGAGCUUGGCAGGAUAGACGGCAAACAAUUUAAGACAGAUACAUGGUCGCGUCCCAAUGGCGGCGGUGGAAUCUCCUGCGUGUUGCAGGAUGGAAAUGUCUUUGAGAAGGCCGGUGUGAACGUCUCCGUGGUUUACGGCGAGCUGCCGCGGCCCGCUAUUGAGAAGAUGCGCGCAGACCACAAGUCCUUCGUCGGAGCUGAUGUUGACUCGCUGAGCUUCUUUGCUGCUGGUCUCUCGCUGGUCCUCCACCCUCACAACCCAAUGGCUCCCACCGUGCAUCUUAACUACCGCUAUUUCGAAACAUCCGAUCCAAAGGAUCCGAUCAACGGCGACAAGAAUUGGUGGUUCGGCGGCGGCACUGAUCUAACCCCGUCUUACCUCUUCCCUGAGGAUGCGCAGCAUUUCCACAAGACUAUCAAGGAAACCUGUGAUCGCCACGACGCCACGUACUACCCAAAGUUCAAAGCCUGGUGCGACAAGUACUUCUACCUGCCCCACCGCGGCGAAUGCCGAGGUGUCGGCGGCAUCUUCUUCGACGAUCUCGACGCCAACUUCCUACAAACUUCCGCCGGAUCGUCAUCAAACCCGCAGGAAACCCUCUUCUCCUUUGUCUCCGAUGGCCUGGCUUCCUUCCUGCCCUCGUACGUGCCUAUCCUCGAGCGCCGAAAGGAUAUGCUUUACACGCCAGAGCAGAAGCAGUGGCAACAGCUCCGCCGUGGCCGCUACGUAGAGUUCAAUCUUGUCUACGACCGCGGUACCAGCUUUGGCCUGCGCACCCCCAACGCGCGCAUUGAGAGUAUCCUCAUGAGUCUGCCGCGCACGGCAAGCUGGGCCUACAUGGACCCCGUCUCGGGCACCAGGACCGAGGCUAUGCCCAUCGAUGAGGACGACUUGGGUGAGGAUAAGGCCAGCGAGAAGGAGAUUAUGGAUGUGCUGAAGCACCCCCGGCAAUGGGCUUGA